UUAGCGAACGGUAGUAAGUCACCACUCAGCAAGCAACACAUUGCGGUUCUGUUAAAAGUCGGGGAGCUACGAACUAUCCGCCGGUAACAAAUAAAUAAGCACGGAACAGGGUUCCAUUAAAUACUCAAACGUCCAACAGUACUUCGGAUUUAUCGCCUGGUUGUAGAUGGUGUCCGUGCCCCGGAGGAGCUAGGAGUUGUUUCCGAACACACCCUGUGAUUGUCGUUGUCGCGCAGUUCGGAGCCCUCUUUCGUCCAGCGUCCAUCCACCAAAAGCCCGAGGAACAUCGACGCCUGCCGUAAAAAUGUGGCGCAGUGCCGGUUAACUGCAGCUGCUCAAGGUAACAGUGACGGUAGAGUUGAAGAUGUCUCUUCCACUGGCUGUCAUAGUAGUCCUCUCUGUGCUGGAGCUAGGCGUGAACCACGCUGGACCGGAGCUGGACCCAUACAAAACGUUGGGUGUCACCAAAGGUGCAAGCCAGGUUGAGAUUAAGAAAGUCUACAAGCGUCUCGCUAGAGAAUGGCAUCCUGACAAAAACAAAAAUCCGGGAGCUGAGGAUAUGUUUAUCAGGAUUACCAAAUCGUACGAGAUUCUAUCCAGUGAGGACAAACGUGCCAACUAUGACCGCUACGGGCAGACGGACGACACCCAGCCGUACGGCAGCGGCCACUACAGUGGUCACCGCCACGACAACUUCAACUUCGAAGAGUCCUACUUUAACUUCCCAUUCAAUAGCAAGAGUCACCGCGACUUUUCCGACAGCAAGUACUCGCUACACUUUAACCAGUAUGUUAACGACGUGGUGCCUGAUAGCUUCAGGAGACCGUACCUGAUCAAGAUCACCUCCGACUGGUGCUUCAACUGCAUCCACAUCGAGCCUGUGUGGAAAGAGGUGGUGCAGGAAAUGGAGACGCUAGGUUUGGAAUCCACACGUCAUUUAGUAGCGGAGAUUUGGAGGUACAUUUUCAAAGGAUGUGCUUGGGCACAACUCAUCUGUGCAGGUGUCGGGAUCGGGGUGGUGGAUGUUGGCUAUGAGAGACGGUUAGCCAAUCACCUCGGCGCUCAUCGUACGCCAUCUAUACUUGGAGUCAUAAAUGGCAAAGUGACGUUCUUCCAUUUCGCUGUAGCAAAGGAGCACCUGAGGCAGUUUGUGGAAGACCUUCUUCCACAAAGACUCGUGGAGUGGGUCAGCGACAAAAACGACCAGCAGUUCUUGAACAGUUGGCACAAACUCAACAAGCCACACGUGCUGCUGUUUGACCAAGUGCCUGUAGUUCCCUUACUUUAUAAACUGACGGCUUUUGCGUACAAGGACUACAUGCAGUUUGGCUAUGUGGACCAGGGCCUUUCAGAGACGGCCAGUCUGCAGAGACAGUUUAAUAUCAACACCUACGCCCCCACCAUGCUGGUUUUCAAAGAGAACACGGACAACCCCGCUGAUAUCAUACAGACUAAAGGAAUGAAAAAGCAGAUUAUCGACGAGUUCAUGUCAAACAACAAAUUUCUCCUCGCACCGAGGCUGGUGAAUCAGAAGCUCUUUGACGAGCUCUGUCCUGUCAAGCAGUUUCACAGACGACGGAAAUACUGCGUGCUGCUGAUGACAGGCGACGGCGAGAGCUUUUCUCCAGGCAAACAAGCGUUUCUGUCUUUCGCCUCCAGUAACACGAAGGAAGUUGUGAGAUUUGCUUAUGUUUACCAACAACUGCAGCAACCACUUUGUAACAUCCUGAUGACCAGCAAGGACAGCACACAGGGACCACUGCCGCCGCAGGUGGUGAUCCUGGAGAGGCGCAAUGCUGCCGGGAAGGCCUUUUUCAAGCCAGUGACCAUUUGGAACGGCAGUGAAGAAGACAAGCAGCGCCUUGUGGAAGAGUUGGAGCGACUCCAGAAGGACCCGUCCAUUCUGAUCCAUGAUGCCAUGCUGCCUGAGCUCAACAAUGAGUUUGCAUCUAUAUUUGUUAUCCAAUGGGUCUAUGCAUUUUAUGAUUACCUCUCUGAAGUCAUCGAUGACAUUCUGCACAACAACUGGCGUGAGAUGAUGCCUUUGCUGUCCCUCAUCUUUUCUGCCUUAUUUAUCCUGUUUGGAACUGUGGUCAUCCAAGCAUUCAGUGACUCAAGUGACGAAAACUCUGCAAAACCAAAAGCAAAAGAUGGACCUAAAACAGAAAACGGAUCGUCAGGGAGUGGUGGUGCGUCAAGUCGGCCUCCCAAGAAGAACUUUGUGGAGGUGACCGAGUUGACAGACAUCACCUACAUAAGCAACCUGGUGAGGCUGAGGCAAGGACACAUGAACAUUGUGCUCGUGAUCACAGAUGCGUCGAAGAACAUUCUGCUCAGCAAAUUUGCCAAAGAAGUCUACUCCUUCACGGGGAUCCUGACGCUGCAUUUCUCCUUCCUGAAUACGGACAAGCACAGCGAGUGGAUGUGCACGCUGUUAAACAGUGCACAGGACAGCGCGCACAUCGACGCAUGCCAUGACGACGAAGUCAGCGCCAAUAUGGACUACACCGGCUACGUGUUGGCACUCAACGGCCACAAAAAGUACUUCUGUCUGUUUAAGCCCGUCUACACUGGGGAAGACCCGGACAGCAAGACGCCGGAGAAUGAAUCUGGCACGUUGGUGAGGCGGCCGAGGGCGGCUUCGCGUGACGAUCACCCUCAACGCAAAUCGGCCCGCUCUCGCAGUACUUCCACCCUCCAGAUCCACCAUAAACUGGACCGCUUGGGGUUGUGGAUGGAAAGGCUCAGGGAGUGCACCUUGCCCCGUUACUACAUUCUCGCCUGGCCAGGACUCGACAAGAUAACCCCCAGUAAAUAGAUGGAAGCUGGUCGGGUGGUUGAAAACUUGAUGUUGCUGCUUUAAUGCUUGGUUUUAUGUUGCACUGUUUAUGUUACAGCCGGGGUGUCAAAACAUUUUCGUCUAAGUGCCGCAUACGGAAAAAUCAAAGGAUUGCAAGGGCCGCUUUGAAAUUUCACCUUUAAUUUAUUUAACACGCUGAAACCAAUCCAUCAGUGCAGGUAAAGAUAUGCGAAGCAAUUUUAUAAAUAUAUAAAUGUAGAAAUAAAAUCAUUGAACACGUUAUUGUUGUUAUUAUAAGAAUUAUAAUUAUUGUUAUUAUAUUUUUUAAAAUCAUCCCACUGGCCGGCACAGCUAUGGAGAGGGGGCUCUCCAAGUGUCCACUUCACGGCGCAGAUACUUGUGAUCUACUUCAAAACCAACUUGACAUUAUCCGCCUGCGGAGGUCCGCUUGCAGUUCCGCAUAAACGUACUUUGAUCUUUUGACCUCUGGACACCUCGUGGACUCUGGGAUAUGGCUGUGUCCCGAAUCACGGCGAUUCAUCUUAGUCUUUUUUUAUUUUUUUUUCCCCUUCACAAAAACCUGGCAUUUAAAUGGGUGUGAAGAAGUUUUAUAUGCAUUGUAUGUAUUAAAAACAACAGCUUGGUGAUAAAGCAAAAAUGCAAGUUUUAUUUAAUCUUGAUAUCACAAACUUGGAGUUGGACUCGUUUUAUCUCCGCCAUAGAAUGACUUUUACAUCACCAAUGGCAGGAUUUUGUGAAGUCAUCUAGUGGCAGAAUGCCUAAAAUGCACACACAGGUCAAAUUUUUGCUCCAAACUUAAAUUCAAAAAAUUGGAUGUGCAAUGGCUUGUCACUAGAAAAACUCGUUAAGUUGAGGCAUUCGUAAGUCAAGGUGUCAUUAUAUAUGUUGUAGGCCACUAAAACUAUGGAUGGUGGACCUCAAAUGUCUCCUGCGCCAUAGUUUGGACAGCCCUACGUUCCUGGCAUGUUGUUGUUAAUUGAUUCAACCACAUGCUGCUACUUCUGCUACCCCUGCUGCUGCAGCCUUGUGAAUAGAAACAGAAUAUUGAGACCAGGUUGGCCCUUCAGCCUUCAACGGUCAUCUUAAAUAUUCGUAACAGCACACUAUGAUUACUGUGACUAUUGAUGCAUGUUUUGUCUUCUGUUAAGAUUAUUAUUCUGGAUGAUGACUGGCUAGUGCAAUAUUGUGUACUACUGUUGUGACCUUUCUACUGAACCUCAGCAUAGUUUUUCUUUGAGAUAGAAGUACUUUUUUUUCUUUUUCUGGAGUCCAACUAGUUAAGAAUUUAGCCAUGUUAGUCAAUGUAGCAACCAAAACCCACAAGUAGCUUCAUGUAGCCCAAUGAAAGUUAUCUUUGCCUUGACUGAGACUUGAUCACAUUUUGUAGUUAUAUUGUGGUUGUUUGUUUGUCCUUUUUUUCUGGCACUGUGAAUCUCAAGAUUUUGAAAAACGUUUGGUGUAUGUUUACAAGUUAUAGUGUAUUGUAUAGAUUUCAUUACUGUCGCACGUUCUCUCUCGAGUCAGUAAACGUUUGCUUCUGUAAGUUCCACCAGUUGUUUUUAUCUUUUUGUGUGGAAAAAUAAAAUAAUUUAUGGUUCUUAAA